AUGUCGGGAGAGUUCUCUCGCGACGAAACCAACGGCGACGUCGCGGUAUCCAGCCCUGCAGCUGCCACUGGACCCAAUCACAGCACCAAUGGCGAUACUCCUGUUAGUCCACAGGCCCCGAAGCCAGGCUCCAGCGGCGGUCUACCAAACAAGGCCGUCGACGAUGUCAUGUAUUCGAACAUUGGCGUGAACACGCUGCUGGAUCGCCUCAAGCAAAGCAUUGCCUCGGCUCGCGACUUUGCGCAGUUCCUCAAGAAGCGCAGCAGUUUGGAAGAAGAUCAGGCGAAAGGGUUGAAGAGAUUGGCGCAAAGUCAGCUGGAGAAUGUCAAGAGGAGCGAGGUUAGAGGUGGGUCGUAUGCUGCUCAGAUGUCUGAGCUGCUGCGCGUCCACGAGCGGAUGGCGGACAAUGGCAUGCAGUUCGCGUUGAGUCUGCAUCAGAUGCACGAGGAUCUUGAUGUGUUGAGCUCGAAUAUGGAGAGGGGGAGGAAGCAAUGGAAACACGAAGGUCUGGCUGCGGAGAAGACUGCGAGCGAUGCGGAGCAGGCGAUGCAGAAAGCUAAGUCCAGAUACGACAGUCUGGCUGAGGACUAUGACCGCGCGAGGACGGGAGAUACAAAAGGUAGCCGCAGAAUCGGCUUGAAGGGUCCGAAGAGCGCUGAGCAGUACGAGACGGAUAUGCACAGGAAGGUCGAGGCUGCGGACCAGGAUUAUAAGGAGAAGGUCAGGCAGGCUCAGAACCAGCGUGAGCAGCUGAUCAAGACCGAUCGACCAAAGGCCGUCAAGGCCCUACAGGAGCUCAUCAAGGAAAGCGACAGUGCUUUGACACUGCAAUUGCAGAAGUUCUCCACCUUCAACGAGAAGCUGCUGCUGGGCAAUGGUCUUGCUGUGAGCCCAUUGACUGAUGGUAAUGGACCACGCACGCAGAGAAGUCUGAGAGAUCUUGUCCUGGAUAUCGACAACGAGAGGGACUUCCACAGCUACGUCAGCAGCCAUUCGGGCAAGGUGACCAGACCUAGCGAGAUCAGAUACGAGCAGCAUCCGACACUUGCUCCGAAGACGCAAGUGCCAAAAUCAGCUGCUCCUCCAUCACAGCCAAGCGCGCCGGCAAUGCAACCGACUCUGGCUGUCAAUACUGGCACUUCGCAGCCAGGUUCCAUGAGCAGCCGAUACGACUCACAGCCUCUACCGUUCAAUCAGAAUCCGCCGUUGUCCAGCCAUGGCUACCAACAGUCGCCACAGCAGGACACACAAUCACCUGCGUAUCAGACGACCCAGUCGCCCUACAACACUCAAGCUACUCCCCUCAAGGACACCUACAACUCUCCUCCCUACCCUACUGACCCAUCGGAGCGUGUCGGUACUGGCUUCUCGCAACACCAACAAACGACCGGCACGAUUGCUGCUGCUGGACCGCAAAUCGACUCCUUUAAUCAGUAUUCGGCGCCCACCGGGAAAGGCAAGGUCUUUGGUAUGUCUCUGGACGAGCUCUUCGCACGCGAUCAGUCUGCCGUUCCCAUAAUUGUCUUCCAGUGUAUUCAAGCUAUCGACAUGUUUGGUCUGGAGACCGAAGGCAUCUAUCGACAAAGCGGCACCCACUCCUACAUCAACCGUCUCCGAGAAGCUUUCGACACUCUACCCGCCAACAGCCCACAAUUGGACUUCCGCAAUCCGUCCAACUUUUUCCAUGAUGUCAAUGCCGUGGCAAGCUUGUUGAAGGCAUUCUUUAAGGAGCUUCCAGAUCCGUUGUUCACGAAGGCUGGGUACGCUCACUUCAUCGAAGCGGCGCAGGUGGACGAUGAGGUUCAACGUCGGGAUGCAAUUCAUCAAGGGAUCAAUGACCUACCAGAUCCAAACUAUGCAACGCUAAGAGCUGUCGUACUGCACCUGAAUCGUGUGAUGCAGAAUGAGUCGAAGACGAGGAUGAACAGCGAAAACUUGGCUGUCUGCUUUGCACCAACCCUCAUGGGCAACCAGAACGGUGCUAUCGCCGACGCAAGCUGGCAACACAAGGUAGUAGCGACGAUCAUGGCCAACGCCACGGCCAUCUUCGACGAGGACUGA